AUGUCUGAGGUGAUUGACGUGGAUUUUGUUGAGCUUUCACGACCCUGCCCUCUGGCUCGACCUCGUGGCCGUAAAGCCUUCAUUUUCUACAAGGAGGGACUUGACUGCGGUCAGAAUUAUUCGGAUUCCGUCACCACCGAAAACUUUGGUGUUGUGUGUGAGUAUACCGCCGCUGCUAUCAAUCAGAGUCCUAGUUGUAUUUCAGUGCAACGUUUUCAUCACAACGGUCGGCCUCAGAUGCUUGCCUUUGGCAGCAGUCGAGCUGUUUGUCUGGCUACAGCAGUCAAUAACGAUAUUCGACUUUUCCGGACCCUGUCGGGCCAUAAAGAAGCGAUCACUUGUGUUAUGUGGAUCGACUCAUUCAGAGGACCAGUUGCUACACGGUUUCGUAGUCUUCUUAUUUCUGCGUCAACAGAUGGGGAGGUUAAAAUCUGGGACGUUGGGGAGGAGUCACAAAGGAAGUUAAUCGCAUUUAAUGUAGGAACUUCUGUAAUCAGUGUCCAUGGAUGCUACACAGACGCGUCGGAGGCCCAAAUAGUUGUCUGUGCUGCCAGUCAGGAUGGGAUCACAGGUUUCACUUUUAAGCUCACGCUAACUGAUGGCAUGACAUCUGCGGCUGAAAUGGUGGGCGAGCGAUUUUGCAUUAAACUCGAGUCAUAUUUGUGCUUGACCUUGCGUCUGGCCUGUUUAACUGGUCCACUGAUCCUCCUCUUUGCUGGAAUGACAAAUGGUUCCCUGGAGGUAAGGUUAUUGAAGCCGGAAGAGGCGUCGACACCCCUUGCUGGAACAUUGAAAGGGCAUCUUGAUUGGCUUAAUUGCCUAGACAUUACUAGAAUGUAUCCUUCUGAGGGAGUGGAUACCUCUCAAGUUGAGGGUGAUCACGUACUAGUAGCAACCGGAUCGCAGGACAAACAAAUUCGAAUUUGGCAUGUGCAGCUUCUGGAAGGGAAGGACAAACUUCCAAAUGAAAAGGGGCAGCUGAUGAAUCUUUCCGCACCAUUCCUCUCCACCCAUCGGCUGAUAGCGAGAUUAGAGAGCGUUAUUGCUGCCCAUGACAAUUGGGUGACAGGUUUAGCUUGGUCCCCUGUACCGUGGACGCCUAUGUCAUGCCCUCAACUGCUCUCCUCCAGUCGUGACGAAUCCCUAAUCAUCUGGGCGCCCUCUCAGCCUCUGUUUUCGAACGCUGGCACUGAUACUAGUGGUAGUGCGAAGGCUUCAGAUAUCUGGCUCGAGCAAGCGAGGUGCGGUACUGUCGGCAGCAACUCAUUAGGUUAUCUUGGCUGCGCCUGGGGAAAUUACAAUUCUGAGAUCUAUGGACACGGAUUCUGGGGUGAUCUUUCUACGUGGUCCACGAACUCGGAGCCUCGUAUCACUUUGACUGGCCACUUUAAAGCGGUUACGAGUCUCUCAUGGUGUCGAGAAUCGAUUGAAGGGGUUCCACUUGAAUCUCCUUCGCGUCUUGCUUAUCCGCCUUACCUACUGACUGCUGGCCAAGACAGUACUGUGCGUUUGCAUGGUCUCUUUUACACCGCAGGAAGUGGAUGUUCGCCACCAGUUCGGAUGUGGCGGGAACUGGCACGUCCACAGGUUCAUGGAUAUGAAAUGAAUGCCAUUGUCAGUCUGGACGUCGUUCAUUAUGUAUCAGCAGGCGAUGAGAAAGUGGGGCGUGUGUUUUCAGCAACCAGUGGCUUUGUAAAAAGCCUUCUUAGUGAUGCUACCAUUGCUGCCCAUCCAAGCCUUCGAUCGCUGCCAAAAAGUGCUGUCCAGCCACCACUGGGUCUUUCCAACCAAGCAGUAAUGGAAGAGGAAGAAAACAACCCUCCUGCCAGUGAUUCCCUUUAUCCACCUACGGAGUCUGUUCUUGCGGAGACAACACUCUGGACCGAGACAAACAAACUCUAUGGCCACAGCUACGAGGUAUUUACUCUGGCCGCUCACCCUAGAGGCUGUCUCGUUGCGUCCGCAUGCAAGGCAGCUAAACAGGAGUUUGCACAGAUUCUCCUUUGGCGAACAGACAAUUGGCAAAUCCAUCAGCACCUCUCCUUCCACCGUUUGACUGUGAGUCAUAUGCGAUUCGAUGGAGUUGGCGGUCGGUUAGUUUCCGUUUCCCGUGAUCGAAUGUGGGCACUGUGGAAGGUGGAUGGGAGUGUAGGCGACGACAUUCCCACUUUCUCGCUUCAUAAGCACUCUCAACCCGGAAAAAAUGCUCAUUCUCGUAUUAUUUGGGCCUGUGCAUGGUCUCCAGACAACAGCACUUUUCUAACUGCCUCGCGUGACAAACAAAUUAUGGCGUGGAAUAGUGAGAGUGGGGAGCGCCUAGGCCCACCGUGGAUGCUCUCUGAUGCCAUAACAGCGUUUGAUGUUGGCCCCGAGAUAUCGGGUCACAGUGCCUUUUUUGCGGUGGUCGGUUUUGAAACUGGUGGUAUUGAGCUGUUGGCCAUAUCUCUCACCAAAGGAACUUGUCAGUCAAUAUGGAAAAUGCCCGAUGACUGGACGCAUAUGGGUCUACCGGUGCGUUGCUUAAGCCUCCAUUCUCUGGACUCCGAAUCGGUCGCCUUGGCCAGUGGUGGUGAUGAUGGAAUUGUGCGGAUCUUCCGCGUAUCGCCUUCAACACUUAUAAAAUCCGUGUCCAGUAUUUAG